AUAAUUCGACGCGUCAAAAUGGUGGAAAGGAUAAAAGACAGCCAGCUCUCAGCUUCAAUAAACCAGAAGUUGGUAGAAUCCGGAGAACGAGAGAGGUUAAAGGAGCUUUUGAGGACCAGGCUCAUUGAAUGUGGAUGGCGUGACAAGUUAAGGAGUCACUGUAAAGAGGUCAUCAAGCAAAAAGGACUUGAAAAUGUGACUGUGGAUGAUUUGGUUGCUGAAAUUACUCCACAAGGAAGAGCUUUAGUUCCUGAUGAAGUCAAAAGAGACAUGCUUCUGAGGAUUCGAACUUUCCUGGCUGCUAACUCGUAGUUAUUUAAACAAAGUGUCUUUAAGUUGUUUUGUAUGUUAUUUUUUUCCUCUCUUUAUUGUUCAUGAAAUAAAACACCGUCAAGUUUGUAUUUA